CCGCAACCGGGCAGCUCUAUGGAUACACCUCACCCUUCUAUACGUUCAUUCCUCCCAACCUUUAACCUUCCACGUUAUGCCCCACCUACAUCUCACCUCAUAUCUCAGUUCGCCCUUGUCCCCUACCGCAGUCCCCCAAGUCAAUGGCGGCCCUACCUCCAGCUAGUCCGUUACGCCACUCUUUCCAGCCUCUAUCGCCAAUUUGAGUUACAUGCACUGCCAUCGCCCCUCCAUCUCCCCUCCCCUGCGCUGCCGGCUCGUUGAAAAGAAGACGAAAACAAAGAAGAGGACGUCAGACUAUAGCGGCCAAGGACAUGAUCUCUCCCUGUUCCUGAGAUGGCCGCGGAAAUGCUUCAUGAGCAGCAGCAGCAGCAGCAGCAGCAGCAGGCGGCCCCGCAAAGGACGCACCAGCAGUCAGAUAUCGCCAUCGACGUAGCCGCCGCCGCCGCCGAAAAGUCCUCGCAGCGCAACAUUCUUGAGAUUCCGACCAAAAAAACACCACUGCAACCUUGUGUCCCGGGGCCUCCGGCCUCCCGCCCGCGAACCCCGCCGGACAUCGUUGAGAAUCGGGAGAAGAGUAGACUGGAUAUACCAUCUAGCGCGCUGAGUGUGAAUGACUUCGAGCUGCUGAAGACGCUGGGUACAGGUACAUUUGCGCGAGUUUGGCUGGUUCGCCUUCUGAAAUAUAGAGACCUUGAAAAGAGACCAUUUGCGCUUAAGGUUCUUCAUAAAGCGGACGUUAUCAAACUGAAACAGGUUGAGCAUGUCCGGAAUGAGAUCAAAACCCUAGCUGCUGUUGCUGGUCACCCUUUCAUUACUACCCUAAUCGCUACGUUCACCGACGAUCUGAGCUUGUAUAUGUUGCUCGAAUAUUGCCCAGGCGGAGAGAUCUUUACAUUCUUACGACGCGCGCGGAGGUUUACUGAGCCGACUGCUCAAUUUUACGCUGCAGAAAUCGUUUUAAUUCUUGAAUUUCUCCACGACGUCCAUGGUGUCGCCUACCGCGACCUCAAGCCAGAAAACAUCCUACUUGACGCAGAUGGCCACCUCAAACUCGUUGAUUUCGGUUUUGCGAAGGAGAUAUGGAGCAGGGAAACAUACACCCUCUGCGGCACGCCAGAGUACCUAGCUCCAGAGGUCAUCCACAACAGCGGCCACGGCCUAGCCGUUGACUGGUGGGCUCUGGGCGUGCUGAUAUACGAGUUUAUAGUUGGACAACCGCCAUUCUGGGACCCAAAUCCCAUGCGCAUAUAUGAGCAGAUUGUCGAGGGACGACUACGGUUUCCUGCAAACAUGCCCCCAGCUGCGCAGGAUAUUGUAUCCCAACUAUGCAAAACCAACCCCUCCGAGCGCCUUGGUCACAUACGGGGGGGAUCCGCCAGAGUGAAGCAGCAUCCGUUUUUUAAGGGGGUUAAUUGGGAUGAUAUUUACCACCGGCGAAUGAAGGGGCCCAUAGUUCCGCGCGUGGAUUCACCGACGGAUGCGGGCAAUUUCGAGGACUACCCAGACCCGCCAGACCCAUCGCAGCUUACUCCGUAUACGAAGGAGAUGAGAGACUCGCAUGAGGAUAUGUUCAAGAAUUUCUAAUAUAGACAAUAAUUGGACCAUUUCGCGGGCGCCGCUCCAUACAGCCAGCUGGGGAUUUUGGCCAAGCCUGGGUGGUUCCCCGGAUUGGUAGAUAAACCCUAGAUCGCACCCAUCGUUUGUUUUCUACCCCUUUCUCCCGAUUCCAUACUGGAGUACCUGUGGGGAACUACUCAUACUCAGAUCCAUCCUCUACCCUUCCCCUCCCCCUUCUCUCCUCGUCUAAUAGUUUGGCCCUCUCUAUGCAUCCUCGGUUUGCAAAUCAGACGUCUAGGAUAGAUAUAAGAUAUAUAUCCAACCGUAUUCCCUCCCCCCCAACGUCCUAACUGUAUAGCUGUCGAUACGCCCAUGAUACUACUACACCAUACAUAACUUCAUUUUUUUAUACCCCCUUUACUCUUGGCCUGAUUUGGUUCCAAGUUCUUGCAAUCCAUUAUCCCCCGCUCCCCGGACCAUGCAUACCACGUACCAACCAUAUAUCACCCAUCUAUCUAUGUAACAAUCUACCUAUACCGAUCCAUUGAAUUAUCACCACACACACACACACACACACACCCUUUGUUAAUAUCCAUCAUCCCUAUCCCCCACGAACCAAGAAAUCUACAACCUUUUAUUUAACUCAGGCAUACCAUAAUAUAUAAUUUUUUUUUUAAGGGGGGCCGUCCUUACGUCUUAUGUCCGCUUUAUUUCCAUUUCCAUUUCCAUUUUUCCGCCCCUUUUACUUUUCUAUAAUUUAGUGGUUGUGCCUAAGGAGGACGGACACUGGCACUGGGGAGGGACCAAAAAGAGCUCGCGUAUCAUCACCACCAACCAACCAGCACGGUGGACUUCCGGGCUCAGGACUCACUAAACUGGGGGGGUUAGGUAAAGGAGCUGCUGGGCUCGAACCCAUCAUCGUGGCGAGGAAUAUAUAAACUAUAUAAACUAUAUACAUAUACAUAUAUAUAUUAUGUUAUAAGUUAUCAGAGGAGAGAUUAAUAUCUACACCGUUGUUCCCGGUUUUCGUUUUCGUCUCG